AUGGACCCUCGCAAGACUGACGCCAGUCACAAUGAGCGCUUUGUGAAGAUUAUUUGUGUGGGUGCUGGUGCAUCGGGUCUCUGUCUAGCGUACAAGCUCCAGCGAUCUUUCAGACAAUUCUCCCUCACAAUCUACGAGAAGAACCCCGAUGUCUCCGGCACAUGGUAUGAGAAUCGCUAUCCAGGCUGCGCGUGCGACGUCCCCUCCCACAACUACGCCUACUCGUUCGAGCCGAAACUCGACUGGUCCAGUGUCUAUGCAGGCUCCGCCGAGAUCCGACAGUAUUUCCGAGAGUUUGCCACCCGGCACAAUCUCUGGCAGUACAUCAAACCCUCCCAUCGGGUGGUGGAAACCCGCUGGAUCGAGGCGAGUGGGAAGUGGGAAGUCCAGGUCACGGACCUGGCCUCGGGCCACGUUCUCCACAACUGGUGCCAUAUCCUCCGCCGACUACGACGAACGGUCUCCUUGGCGGGGAAGGAUGUCCACCUGAUCGGCGCGGGUUCCUCGGCCGUGCAGAUUCUACCGGCCAUUCAACCGAUCGUCAACCGGGUCAAGAUCUUCAUCCGUUCCCCAACGUGGUUGCUGCCCGAUACCAGUAUCGAGGCAGGACAGUUCUCGCCGGAGCAGAUCGCGCGGUUCGUUGAACACACGGAGAGCGUACAGCGGCUGCGCCUCGAGAAUGAGCGCACGAUGAACAGUAUCUUCACCAUGUAUCUCCGGGACACCGUCCUCCAGCGUCAAAGUCGCGAGCUCCUGGAGUCUGUAAUGCGGAAAGGUCUGCCGAAGGAGGAGAUGCAGCGACGACUCAUUCCCACCUUUGCCGUCGGCUGCAAGCGCGUGGUACCGUCCGGCUUCCGGUACCUGGAGACCCUGUCGAAGGCCAACGUCGAGAUCGUCUACGGCGGGGUGUCGUCCGUCUCGGCGACGGGCUGCUGCAGUGAGGACGGGACGGCGCACCGCGGCGAUGAGAUCGGGGGCUACAUGGGCGUGGGCAUCUCGGAGUUCCCCAACACCUUCACCAUGCUCGGGCCCUACACGCCGGUCUUCAACGGACCGACGCUGGUCGCCAUCGAGGCGCAGGCCGACUACAUCUGCGCGUUCAUCGACCGCUACCAGACCGAGCCCAUCCACUGCAUGGCCCCGAAGCGCGAGGCCUGCGCGGCCUUCACGGCGCAUGUGGCGGCCGUGAUGCACAAGACCGUGUGGACCGAUCGCUGCCGCAACUCGCACAACAACCAUGCCAUCGGCGGUCGUACCCCGACCACCUGGCCCGGGAGCACGCUGCACUACCUGGAGGCCAUCCGGGAGCCGCGCUACGAUGACUGGGACCUCCGCUACACGGGCAAUCGAUUCGCGUGGCUGGGGACGACGGGCAUCUCCCAGGCCGAGUGGGACGCCACCGCCGACCUGGCCUGUAAUAUCCGGCAGGCCGAUGACGACGCCCGCUGGGCGAGUCGAUGGCGGCGCAAUCUCGCAAUCGCCAAGACGAGCACCAUGAUGCCGCCUCGCAUCCUGCACAGGCAGGCGAAGCUGGCGGCGAAAGAAGACGAUCGCCCAGACCGGCUUGAGCCUCGUGCGGAGUCCCCAGAGGGGGACCUCGUUCUUAGCCAAGCUUGA